UGGGUGAGAGAGACAUGAAAAAGGAACAGACUGCUUGGGUAUGAUAUGAUCAAGGUGCCCUCUAGCGGGAUAUUCUAGUCUGUGUUUACAUAUCGGUCGACAAACCCGCCUGCCGGUGCGUGCCCACAGACCAAACAUGUGAAAGAUAAUACAGUAGGAAGUAAUGGCUGGUAAUUUGCAAGAUUUGCUUUGCACCCUACAUUCCUGCGUCGGUGGAGAAGAAGAAGAUGCACGCGGAGGGAGGAAAACAUUCGACCUGGUCAGGGAUAUAGCAAACCUGUGUCUGAAGGAAACGUCGGACAGAGAGACAGAUUACUGCUCGUCACUUUUGUUCAACAAGGAUACAGGCCUAGUUUCAUUUGUGAAGAAAGUUGUGAAGCAGGCUGAGUAUGACAGUACAAAGACAGCAAUUCUUGAAACCUUGUGUUUGUUUAUGGAGAGAGCUGAGAAAAAGGUUCUGCCUUAUGCUGUAGACAUCAAGGAUGUAUGCAUAACCCUCUUUAUUCGUGAGGAAAAAGCUGCAGUCAAGAAAGUUGUCAUUCCUGUAUUGAUCAAAUUGCUAGAACUGACAGAGGGCUCCCAAAUGAGUGAAGAAUUGAAUAUGAGGGAAAUGAUAGAGCUUUUCUUUAUGGAAUUGUCCAGAAAAACAAAACACCAGGCAUCAGUGAAACGUGAACUGUAUAAAUUGCUUGGGAUAUUUGCUGAAGUCUACCCUGAAGGCAUGGUGAAUUAUGCUGAGCGGCUUACUGAUCUCUGUGUCCGGACUUUACAGGCAGAGAUGAACAAAAAGACAGGCAAGCCUGAGAUCCCAGUGAUGACAGGUUGCUUGGAGGCAUUGUCCAGCAUUUUGACCAAUUUCACACAGUCUGCAGAAGAAGGAAAACAUUCCUAUGAUAUCUUUAAAUGUACUCGUAUGGCUCUCAAUCUGGAAGAAACAGCUAGAUAUGAUUUGACGAGGGCAGCCCUCACUCUUCUAAAGAGGCAUGCAUCUCAGUUCAGCCAGUUUAUUUAUGAAAAUCAUGAGAGGCUGUAUUCUGUUCUGCUAGCUUGGAGCCAACACAACAACAAAGAUGUAUCUUCCCUGGGUAUGGAGGCUUUGGAGGCAUUCUUUAAACAGAUGGCUGAGAUGCUUGCAACCAAAGCAGAGGAAGGACAUCCAGAUAGAGCUGCAUUUGCAUUUUUCAUCCGUCAGUUUAGAGAAACACUGGACAACCCCCAUGCUAAGCAAAAUGAGAUUGCCUCAGCUGUCAAAGGAUAUGGAGCAUUUGCAGCACCCUGUAAGUUUCACAUGACAGCAGAAGAUGUGAAGUACAUGUUCAAUGAGAUGAUGCAGAGAAGUGAGCAAAUAUUUUUCAGCAAAAAUGAAUUGAAAGUGGACAAUGUGUACAAUCUUCCCAGUUUCAUAGAGUCCUUGGCCAGAAUUGUUGAACAAAUGGAGGAGGUUUCGGAUACUUUCCUUGUUUCUUUGGAGAAACUGGUUGUAUGUCUGACAGAACAUUUUCCUAGUUUAUACAAAAAGAGGAAACUUGAUGCUGUCCAGUCCAUUCUUGGAAUCUUCCAUGCACUCAUUUCUAAAGGACCAACUCUGAGAAUAUUUCUUGGAAGAGUAGUUUAUCAAGGAUUAAUUAGGACAUGUUCGCACCCAGUGGCCACAGAUUUGGGUGAAGUAGAGGCAGAAGUGGACAUGGAGAUGCAGAUGGAAUCAGAAAAAAAGAUAACCUACAAGGACCAUCUUGAUUUUUGGAAUAUGCUGUUAGGGAGUUCACAUUUAAAAGUUCACUCAAAACUUACCCCUGACGAGAAAUCUGCCUUGACUCAGGCAAUCUAUGAUGAACUGGUCAGAUCUACAUUGAAGAUUCUAAGCAAAUUGGAUCUGACUUCAGUCAGGGGGAGUGAGGAUACAGACCAGGGUGACAGUGCUGGCACUGCUGAUAAAGGUCGUCCAGUAACACCAUUUUUAGCUUCUUCUGACCCUGUAUCUGGCCUUCAGGCUUCAAAACCCAAAGAUUUUCAAGUCUUUAUCAAUCUAGUUGAUUUUAGCAGAGACCUCCACACAGACCAGUACUGUGCCUUGUUUAAAAGAUGGGUUUUCACUUUUGGACAUCAACUCAUUGUGAUGUCAACGAAGUAUCCUCUCGUCAGUGGCUUCUACAAGUUGCUGGCUAUUUGUAUGCAUGCUACUCGAAAAACGGCAUACUUUAAGGACAUCAGCCUGAGCAGGGAUCAAGAUGGAGGAGAGAACUCUAUGAUUGUAGAAGAAAAAAUAGGGACUGAUAGAGAGACAGCUUUUUUGCUUUUUUCAAAAUUUACUAAAGAGGUUCUAGUGAGAAUAAAGCAGUACAAGGAUGACCUGCUGGCCUCCUGUUUGUCUUUCAUUCUGGCCCUGCCUCCAGAGCUGGUAAUAGCAGAUCUUCCCACCAUUGUACCAGCACUGAAGAUCACCUUCAAGCUGGGGCUCAGUUACCAGCCUCUUGCUGUAGAAGGGAUGGAGGCCAUUGAGUUCUGGAGGGACAGCAUCCCUAACCACCUGUUGCAGCCACAUUACCAGGACAUCCUGCCCUGUCUGGAUGACUUUCUCAAGUUACAGUCUGAACAAGCUGGAAAUGAAACGAAUUCCCCCUCAACACUAAUCAUGGAACCAAAGGGCCAUAGCUAUAGCAGAAAGAAAGGCUUGCCUAUAAAGUUAUUGAAGCCAGCAGUUGCAAAGGAAGAAAGUUCCCAGUUAGAAUUGCUGAAGCAGAGAAUAGUGAAGUUUCUAGGGAACUUAGGUGGUGCCACCAAUGCUGCCAUGGUUCAGUGUACAUCUGAGGACAUUGCCAAAAUAGCUGUAGCCUGGGACCAAGAGAAACACCUCAAAUUUGAUAUGCCAUUCAUGGAUGUAAAAGCAGCAUUGUACCUAGAUCCCUUUUUGCCACGGGUGGUUGAGCUGGCCACUCUGUCCAGUGACCGCCAGACCAAAGUAGCCGCCUGUGAGCUGUUCCACUCGAUGGUGUUGUACAUGCUUGGUCGCAGUGUCCAGCAACCAGAGGGUCAGCAAGGCCGUCAUCCUCUAGAUGGACUGUAUAGGAAUGUCUUUCCUGCUAUGCUGCAACUAGCUUGUGAUGUGGAACUGGUUGCUAGGCAGCUGUUUGAACCACUCACCAUGCAACUCAUUCACUGGUUUACAAGAAGCAAAGUCUUUGAAAAUCCAGAAACAGCAGCUUUGCUUAAUGCUGUCAUGGAGGGGCUUAUUGAUCCCAGCAAUGCAUCUCUGAGAGAUUUCUGUGCCAGAUGUAUUGAAGAAUUCCUCAAAUGGGCAUUGAAACAAACAUCACCUGCUCAACUGCGUAAAAACCCUCACAUUCCUAAGUCUAUCUUCAAGCGUAUCUACAGUUUUGCUCUGCACCCUAGUCCAUUCAGGAGACUUGGGGCAGCAUUGGCCUUCAACCACAUCUACAGAGUGUUCAGAGAAGAUGAGGUGCUUCUUGACAUCUUCACCUUUGAAAUCCUAGAGACUUUCAUUGAGAGUUUGGCCAUGGCACACCAUGACGACAAGUCUUUAGGAACACAAGAACAGGGUGUCCAAGUGUUGAACCACCUUGAAAGAAUCAUAGUGAACAAAGCAGCUCUACUCUGCAAAGACAGUAAAAUCAGGAGAAAACCCAAAACCUGGAACAAAGCUACUUUAGAUAUUUGUGUGCGCUGGUUGCUGAGGCAAUGUGGACGACCACAAACAGAAUGCAGGCACUCUUCUAUGAUGCUGGUGUACAAGCUGGCUCCCUGUGUCCCAGAAUUUCAGAGCGUCCAAGGUUUUUUCCAAAAGUUUUUGAAAAUGGAAAGUGGUGGACCCCAGUACUUUAUGGAGAGGUUUGAAGCUUACAGAUUAGGAGGGACCAGGUUUACCCUGAAGAUGUGCCAUACACUGGGAGAUAUAGGGGAGCAGUUUACAGUGAAGAAUGCAGUUCUCUGGUAUGACAUGGUGCUGGCUGCCCUGGAAUGCUACAAAUGGACCUUUGAUACUAACCUACUGAGACCAGAAGAUGUUUUCACAGGUGGGCAUUCGUCCUGUAUUUACCUUGUGCUAAGUCAUUUCCUCUCCAGUCUGGCCUUGAAGGACAUAGAGGCGGCUGCAGACUUGUUUACCAAAGGAUUGGACAGAAAAAUUUUUACACCAUGGGAAGUAGAGGAGUACAAUAGGUCUAAAUGUACAGUGAUAGUCCAUUUGUUGGAUUUCCUGUGUAGCACCAUCUCAAAAUCUGGGAGUCAUUUGGAACAGGUGGUUCCCAGUAACAUAUGGUGCCCAGACCUUUGGAUAUUGAUCUGUGACUGUGUAUUGAAUCCAAGUGCUCUGGGGUUCAACAUGGGGGAUGUGGAGGUGAUGAUGAAAUUGCCAGAACAGAUGGAACAGGUUCUGAGAAUAUUCAGCCGCUACCUUCCUCCCAAGGCAUUAGACAUGUUUAGGAGGACUUUGAAGUCUAAAUUAGACUCGGGCUCUUACAACCUUCUGAAGAAAUUGCCACACAUACUGUCUGGUCCAAGUGAAGACCACAUGACAGAUAGCCACCUGGUGGCAGGAUAUCAGCUGUUGCACAAGACAGAUUUUCUUCUGCCAGCUCUUAAAGAUGGAGGACAUUCAGCAGAAAAUGUUUCAAACAAUUUAUUACAGACUUUGUUUCAGGCAGUUUCAGAAGAGGAUCAGUUCAGGUUGCUGGAAUGUAGCCCUUCCACACUGGAGCUGUCCAGGAAGCUGUUGGAGCUUGCUUGUAGCAUGACAGAUAAGCCAGCCCAGAUUCUUGGUGCCAUAUUGAGCAAGACCAAAACCAAAAAUCAAAACAGUUCACAGAAUUUCUAUGCAAUGUUUCAAAGUACCAUUAAUUUGUAUCUGAUGAAAGAAGCCAAAUAUUUCAUCCCAGAGUUGGUAAACUAUGCAUCCAAAGAGUCCAGUGUUGUGUCCAGUGUCCUGUCCAGUUUGUUGGAACAAAUUAGCAGGGACAGGCAGCUUAGAGGGGGAGAAGGCAAGACUGUGGUGGAUGUGGUACUGUCUUGCUGGUCACAGUUACAGUUACAGCAAUGGUGGGCCCCUGACAGUCCACAGGAAGUCAAAAUGUCUGCACUGAACUUGCUGAGAAAGAUGCUUCUAAUCAAUGGCAAGGUAGUCUCAGAUCCCACACACCCAUCUUUCUCCUGUGUGUUCUCCAUGUACCAGAGUAUGCUAACUGACACCAAGAGCUCACUGCUUUUUAAGUGCAAAGUCCUUGAUCUUCUUGUGUUCUUUGCCAAAUUGCCAGAAAAAGAAACACAGCAACUCAAAGCUUGUUUGGACAGAAUCGUUGCAGACCACUUCCCUCUGAGGAGUUCUGAAUAUGCAGUGGGCAGCCCCAAAUAUCAAGAAUAUAUCAUGGCUCUGAGCAAAAUUUUAUCUGCACUGGAGCUAUCAGGCAGUCUGAUGUUGUUGGAGCUAUUGAUCAGCAUUAUGUGCAGGGAAAAGAAUCAUGUCUAUGAAGACAGAAUGCAAGAGUCGCUUGUGACUUUCAUCAGAAGGCUUCCUACAGGCCAUCAGAAGGCUGCUCUAGAUGUUCCCUUCAAUAUAUUUACCAAAGAAGGUUUAUUUCCCAAUGAAAUCCGUCGUUCAACAUUAAGCCGUGUGUGUGUACCACUGUUGAGAUUGUGUCACCAGUCUUCUCUUAGUGAGUUCUAUGUGGACCACAUCAAAUUCAUCACAGAUACUCUGAGUGCAAAACUGUCCAAGAGUUCAGAGAGUGAAAUAGAAAGACUGCUCACAUUAAAACUUUGCUGCUUUGAACUGGUGGAAGUCAUGUACUCCAGCUUCCCCAAAGAGGAGGUGAACAGCAAAAAUUCAAAGAUCAAUCUGAAAUAUUGUGGUGGAAAGGUUGAAACUGGGAAGGAGAUGACAACAGCAGUUACCAAGGCAGCACAUGAGGCUAAAAAGGAGGAUGUGAGAGGAGAAAAGAGGCUUCCUGAACUGAGGAGACAGUACCACUGUGCAGCUUACAAUGCUCUCAUGGCCAUUAUCACCUGCACUCAGACUGAAAUGAAGUUUUACACUGGACUUCUCUUCAAAGAGGAUCUUGCUAAGGGUGAUUUUCUUUUGGACAACAUAGUGGACCAAAACAGAAAGUACUUAUUUGAAAUAGAGAUUACGUCUUUGCCACAGCGCAAGAAGAGGUUUGUGUCAAUCAGAAGUGAAGCAGGAGCCCAGGGGGAUGGGAAUUCCCAGGAUUCCGCAGAGUCUUCUGUCCAUUACCUGGCCUCCCAGUACCUUGCUGACAGUAGUCUCAGUGAGGACGUCUCUGCUUAUGACUACUCUGGAUCAUUACAGGGGGAGAGGAGUGAGCCUGUGCCACCUAGAACAAGACAGAGGGCAGUAUCUGAGGAAGCAGCAGUGCCUGCAGAAGCAGACUAUGAAGAGAUAGAAAUGGAUGAGCUGAAUCAACAUGAAUGUAUGACUGCCAUGACUGCAUUGCUGAAACACAUGCAAAGGAACAAGAUCACACCAGAUGUGGUGUCCAAUCCUCUAGAUGUACCUCCCUGGAUGAAGUAUCUGCGUGACAAGAUGAACUCUACCACCACACACAUUAAUGUCAAACUGUUCAUUGCAAAGUUGAUUCUCAAUGCAGAAGAAGUAUUUGCACCAUAUGCCAAGUUUUGGCUGGGUCCACUGGUCCAGCUGAUGGUGAGGGAUAUGCCGGAUGAAGGCCUGAACUAUUAUGUAGUGGAUAUUAUGGUCACUGUGUUAUCCUGGUCUAGUGUGGCUGUACCACAGGACACUGCAAUGGACAGGGCUAUGGCAAGCCGGCUUGUUGAGUUUGUGGUGAGGAAUGUUAACCAUGACACCAGGCAGAUAUUCCGAAGAAACCUUGAGCUUCUGAAAACCUUGGUGGAGUGCUGGAAGGGCAGAUUUGAUAUGCCAACAAAAAUCAUCUAUGACAACUUCAGUGACCGUGACCCCAAGAGCAAAACCAACACAGCAGGCGUGCAGAUGGUUGGAGUAUUUCUGGCCAAUAAACUGCCAGCUUACUCUUAUACUUCUGAGGUUGACAGGGAAAAGUUUUACAAAGCCUUGGCAUCCAAUAUGGGCAGCUAUUGGAAAACAAGUUCAGCUGCUGCUGCAGAAGUAGUGGGCAUGUGUCUGCAAGACCUGGACCAGCACGAUAAAGAUUUCAAGGAGGAAUAUGUCAACCACCUGCAUUCUGUGCUCUCCUCUCUCCAGCAAUCCAAUCCAGACACUUACAUGUUGUGUGUAUACAAGAUGCAUCUACACCAUAAACCAAUUGCAGAAAGAUUUAUGAACAAGCUGCUGUUUAUGCUUCCUCGUCUUCAUGGAGAAUACAAGAGACAUUGUCUUGAGGUGAUCAGUUCCAGGGUCCAGAACAUGGAGAAUGCUUUCAUAGAGCUGAAGAAUAAGGGGCUGCUUACUAUGCUCACUCACAGAGAUGACAGCACACAAGCAGUUUGUCUGAAGAUAGUCAAUGAGCUUCUUAGGAGGUUGCAGCCAGAUGAGGUUCUUUACUUUCUGCCGGCAGUGACAGCUUUCUCCAGCAGCCCCAGCAUGCCUUGCAGAGGUCUGAUGUAUGACAUACUUAUGUGGAUAUACGACAACUACAGAGAUGAAAACAAUGCCACAGUACACCAGAUUAUGAGUAGGACCAAGGAUGCGUUGCUAAACGGCAUGUCUGACAAAGAUCUGGGACUCAGGUUAAGGGUUAUGAAUUUCUGGAGUCAUGAGUCCAGACUUCCAGCAGGAACAUUGGAGAGAAUGGUUGCCAUGCUGGAAGCAAUGUAUUCUCCCUCUGUUGAAUCUAGUUACCUCAGCUACGCAACCAACUUCAUACUUGAGAUGACAUCCAAAAGCCCAGAUUAUAACAGAGAGAUCUUUGAACAUCCAUUGGAUGAUUGCCCUUUUGAGGAUUUUGUUGUGCGUUCUUCGUGGAAGCAAAGGCAUGCUGCCAUGACACCAUUGUUUGCUGAGACGCAGUUUUCUCUGGCAGAUGGGACCCAGUCAGGAAGUUUUGAUGACAGUUUUGUAGGUGUACGUGCCACACAGGAAAUACAACAGUUUACACCAACACAAGGUGCUGUAAAAGCUCCCUACAAUUGGUUGACGCAAAGUAGUCUGGAUACUUUUGCUGAAUACAGUACUCAGUCUAUGGAGACUCAGUCCUCCCUGCUUUUCAAUGUGGGGACCGCGAAUGAGAAUCAGACGCCAAAGAAAAAGCGCUACAAGAAGACUGGUCCAGAGUUUGGCAAGGGGAGGUUGAAAAUGGAAGGCACUGACUUCACAGAUUCAAGAGAAGAUGACUCUGAGAAAGAGGAGAUUCAAAAUUUGAAAAGGAGGUUUUUGAAAGAUCAAAGAGCCAGGAGUACAUAUUUUGCUAAGAAGAACAUCAGAUUGCAAGCAAUGAGACAGGAAGCCCUGAAAGAGCAGAAACUGAGACGAGAAGCACAAGUGACAAUGUACAGAAAGUACCGGACUGGGGAUCUUCCCGAUAUCCAGAUUAAAUAUUCCUAUGUUAUAGCCCCACUGCAAGCAUUAGCACAGCGGGACAAUACUCUGGCAAAGAUGCUCUUUAGUGCUUUGUUCAGAGCAAUUUUCUCCGAGUUGGAUCAAGUAAAGACAGAGAGAGAGACCACAGAGAUGAUGGCGCAGAUAAGUAGAUCUCUCAACGCCAUGUUGGAUUCUUCAACACAGUAUUUUUCACCUUUCAUUGGAUGUGUUGAGAACAUUGUAUACAACAACUCUGGAAGGCUGAAACUGGAACCUUCAGCAGUGGACACAGCCAGCUUGAUCAGCAUGCAGCAACCCUUAGGAAUUGUGUUGUUGGAAGAGCAGCUGAUCAGAGAUGGCAGCAUUGAGAGAAGACCAGCCAAGAGAGCCCGGACCAGUGCUACAGUACCAUCUCAAGAGACCAGUACGUGGCUGGAACUGGCAAGAUUAUAUAAGUCACUGGGGGAUUUUGAUGUUGUACGAGGCAUCUUCAGCAGUAAGAUAGGUACCAAGAAAAUUACCCAAGAUGCACUGGAAGCUGAGUCAAGAAGAGACUACAAGACUGCCUCACAUCUCUACAGAGAGGCUCGACAAUGUGACUCUUGGACGGAUGGAGAGCCAGAUGGUUUGGAGCAAGAGCUUUGGGUAGAUGCCUACCUGCUGUGUGUUGACCAGCUGAUGUCUUGGGAGGAGCUGGGCACUGAAGCCAUGGACUGCAUUGAGGGAUUGGAAGAGACAGGACUCAAUAAAAUAUGGGAAGAUGCUUACUACCAGGAACAUUACCUGCCAUACAUUUUAAGAAGCAAGGUGAAACUAUUGCUGCAGGGCAAUGAAGACCAGCAGGACAUGCUGGAUUUUGUAGAUAAUUCCAUGAACGUAGAGGAACAGAAAAUAUUUUUGGAAGCCCGCUAUAGUGAGGAACUGGCUUUACUGUACUUGUUCCAAGAAGACUAUGCGAGAGCCAGGCACUACACCAGCAUUGUAUUCAAGACAUUCCUUCAGGAUUGGGGCAGUAUUGACACAUUGAUGACUACCACCAGAAUUGGAAAAUUACAGAUCCUUCAAAAACUGACAGAAAUGCAAGAAUUUUUAGAUUUUGUGAGCAAUGAAGACACCUUCCAAGACUCCCAAGCUGCUCUAAGUUUGGUGACAAGAUGGCAGACGAGAUCACCAGAUCCCAUUGUGGAGCCGUGCAAUAUCUGGGAUGAUAUUGUUACAAACCGUUGUUUGUAUGUAGACCAACUCUGCCACAAGCUGUCCUCGGUUCAGGAGGAGUUUGAGGAAGAAGACAAAUUCAGAGAAAAGAGACUACAGUUUAUCCUAGCUCAGGCAGAGAGUGCUGUGGAGCAACACAACUUCCCAGUGGCCAAGAAAAAACUCAAAAUCAUUGAAUCUGAAGUGAAGAGUCUGAGUGAAAGCCCUGUCCUGAUUCAGUUUUACCACUGCUAUGCAAAGUUGCACAACAAAAUCACUGAGGUUACCAUGGAUGCCAGUGCUACUUUGUCCCCAGUGCUAGGAGCUCUGGGACUUCUAGAAAGAAAACGGGAUCAUAAACUGGUGAAAGAGUCCAAUGUUUUAACAAGGAGACAUCUGGUUCUUCAGGGCAACAUCUUUGACUCUGUGACAUCUAGUCUUCUUUCACUGCCAGACUUCAGCUCGGUGUCACCCAGAGAUAUCCAAAAAUUGGUAGAAGCAGCCAGCUGCUCCAUGCAGAAUGCAGACAUGCAAGAGAUCAUCAAUGGUCUUGUAGACAGAGGAUACCAGUAUAUCAAAGAGGCUGUAGAUAUUUAUGAAGAAGAUUCUUCCAAUGAUAAAAGCACUGUAGAGACACACAUGGCUCUUGCCAAGUACUGUGACAAAUACUUGAAGCUUAGAGAAGAAGAUGAUAGUUUGACUGGUGAAUCCAUAGACAGCUACCCUGAGGCAGUGGUCACUUCACUCCUGAGAUGUAUUGAGCUUGACCACAUGGAUGCCAGGCAGCGUUUCCCACGUCUGUUACAGCUGGUGGAAUAUUAUCCAGACACUAUGCAAGGUUUCAUUAAUAAGGUGUCUGUCAUUCCAUGCUGGAUGUUCAUGACCUGGAUUGGUCAGUUAGUAGCUCUACUGGACAAGCCUGAAGCCCCUGCUGUCCACAACAUACUAAUUAGAAUUGCCAGAGAAUAUCCGCAGGCAUUGGUUUAUCCAUUUAAAGUUAGUAAAGAGUGUUACACAUUUGAGCGAUCUUCAGAAGGAAAAGAGAAUCAAGCUGUUGUUGAGAGACUGGAUUUUUCACUGAGUAAAAUUCCACUUGUAGAGACAUUCAUCAAUGCUUUAGAACAAUUUGGUCAACCAAAUGCGCUAUUUAAGGACUGGAUAGGAGAGAUGGCAAAAUUGUUGCAUGUCAAGCAGAGAAACACAGAUGCUGUACAGCGGUGUUACACACAAAUGUACUCCAGUCUCAUGAUGACACAGAGGCAAGCUGGUGGAGUGUCACAAGAUAUCUUUGACACAGAACCAGACUCAGUAGAAAUUGGACAAUACAGGCAAAAGUUUGCCAAGGCUUAUUGCAAAGACCUUGACAGUGCAUUUGGAAAAGAUGGAAAGAAAAUAAUGACAAUGAGUGAAGAGACAGCAGAUGGUAUUUCCUACGACUACCAUGGUAUCGGGGAGUUCUGGGACUGUAUGAGUACAGCUAACGACUUUGGCGUACAAGUCAGGUUCUUCGGCUAUAAACAAGCGUCACUGGUUGGUGCCGCCGCGGUCAAGGUCGGCCACAGUGUGGCCACCAUUACUACACCGACCAAUGCUACUGAGACCACUUUUCCUACUUUAAGAAUUGACGGGCUAGUCCAGAGCAUAACCAAAAACAACACAAGAUUGACGCUUAACAACGACACCGUCAUUGUAGAUAUUGCUAAGGUCAGGAACAACGCCACUGGUGCCGUGAUGAUGAUUGCAAUCCAGUAUGACACCGGUGUAUCUGUCACAGUAGACGUCCGGUUCAGUCCGUUGAUGGGGCGUCUCUUCCUUAACGUACGUUCUGGUCUAACUGUCAGUUUUAAGGGACAGACGUCUGGACUAUGCGGACUGAUGGACGACAACCAGGACAACGAUUUCACCAUGGCCAAUGGCACCGUGGUCACCAAGGACAAGGCAGUGGAAUUUGCCGAGUCAUGGUUCAUACAGCUCAAACAGCUGUACAUGAGAGUGGGAUUAAUUGAAUGGGUCAACCAGACAAAGACACUGAAAGAAGUUGUGUAUGGCACCAUGACAGAACAGGAGAAGGCACAGCAAAAGGCUGCGAUACUACAGAGAAAUUUUCUAAGCCGUUACGGGAAUCCAUCAGACCCUAAUAUAUGUAAGAAAUACUGGGGGAUGUAUGAAAGGUGCAGCAGAACAGAAGCUGUCAAAAGCUGCCAAGAUAAGGAAAACUCUCUGCCCUGGGAUCUGCUAAGGAGGGCAUAUUUACAAAUGAGCACUUCCCCUGAGACAUUUUAUACUCUGCGGCGUCAUUUUGCCAUCUCCCAUGCACUGCUGUGUAUUUGUCAUUACAUACUGGGGAUUGGGGACAGACAUUUAUCCAACUUUAUGGUGGACCUAGAAACCGGAGGAAUGAUAGGGAUUGACUUUGGGCAUGCCUUUGGGUCAGCGACACAGUUUUUACCUGUCCCAGAACUCAUGCCAAUACGUCUGACCAGGCAAAUUUUGAAUGUGAUGAUGCCACUGCGUGAAAAGGGAUUAAUAGAAAGCACCAUGGUGCAUGCGUUACGUGCCCUGCGUGCAAACUAUGAUCUCCUUCUGAACACUAUGGAUGUCUUUGUCAAAGACCUUUCUGUCGAUUGGCUGGCUUUCGCUGAGAAACAGCUUCAGACUACCAUGUCAUCCCAAGAGGAUAAAGAGGAUGCUAAGUGGUACCCAAAGCAAAAAGUAGCUUUUGCCAAAAGAAAACUGAAGGGUGCUAACCCAUGGUGUAUAACAAGGGAUGAACUGGAACUAGGUCACAAGAGGAGAGGAAAGACUUAUCAGGCAUUUAUUGCAAUAACACAAGGACAAGACAACACAAGAACCAAGUUUGCAGAAGUGGAUCUUACUCCAGAGCAGCAAGUGGCUUGUCUCAUAGACCAGGCAACAGACCCUAAUAUAUUAGGCAGAGCUUAUGAAGGCUGGGAACCCUGGGUCUGAUGUAAAUGUCUUGAAAUAUAAUACUAGAAUGCUGGCACG